CCCAUGACUGGAAGGUGGUGAAGUUUUCCGCCCCGAUGGGAAAUGUUAGAAAGGCGACUGUGGUCCUUAAUAAGGAAACGUUGGCGCCAUUGCGUGAAUGCGGAGGUAAGGUUUACUAUGGCUUUGAUAGUAUCUCCCUUCGCAUUUACCGCAGUGACGCCAAACGCAGCGCCGCCGCCUCUGGUUCCAAACUGGAGGCUCCGCCCAAAGAGGAUAAUGGAAAGGCCGACGAUCCCGCUGGUUCUGAGAACCAAGAAGACUCCCAGUCUACCACAGGUAUGAUGGGUGAGCUUCUUGGCAAUCUGAAGUUAGCGGAGGAUGGAGACAGUUCGCAGGAUUCCGAUCCUGAGGACGUCGACGUCACUGUCGUGUACGAUCCUGAUCUUGGAGAUGGUGAAGGUAACCCAGAUUAACCUUCACCACUCCAAAGCAGCAUCAGCUGCUUUGCUCCUCCGGUUGGCUGAGAGAGGAGAGGAGCUCAUCUUGGUACAAGAACCGUGGACCCACCACGGCAAAAUCCUUGGACUAUCUCUCAGAGGCUACAAACUUCUGUAUUCAAAUCCUGCAGUGAUGAGGAUACGGUAGCGGCGGCACUUGAGACCGGAAAUUCCACCAUCUGGCUCCUAAGCUGCUACAUGGCGCAUGACCAUGUUGAACAAACGACCUGGUCAGAGACUUAAUGCGCAAAGCAAAUAGGCGUCACGUUCCUGUGAUAAUUGGCGCUGAUGCAAAUGCUCAUCACAGUGUCUGGGGCAGUUCAGACACCAACAGUAGAGGUAAGUGUUUACUUGACUUUUUAUUAGAAUUUAAU